AUGUAUCCAAAAGAAUCAUGUUCCUGUCGAGCAAAACAGAUUUGUAUUCAUCGUGACGCUGUGCAUCUUAGUUUGAAUCGUUCAUUGGACAACGACAGUAUCACCUUACCAAAAACAAUAAAAACAAAGUCAGCAUCAGGAAACAAGAAACCACGUAAGGCUGAUAAAUCUCGUGAUAAAAGUCAACUUGACGCCUUACGCCAACCAAAUCCCAAAAAAAAGCCCAAACCCUUGCUAUCAUCUAAGCAACAUGAUUUAUCCUCAUCCUCCCUCGAUUCAUUGACUAAAACUGGAAUGGCUGUGACAGAUGGUAUAAUUGAUGCAUGCUUAACUUUGCUUAAGCAGAAACUAAACUCGUCGUCAACAACAACAAAUAACAAUAACAACAAUCAAUUAGUCCAAUUAAUUGGAGAGACACGAGUGGCACUCCAGCUUGAAUCAUCACCAUUUAUGGAUGGUGUACCGAUUGAUUUGAUUACCGGAGUAUUAGCU